AUGCCUUCUCUUCACAUUUCAACAUCCUCACCCACAACAAGGCCCAAGGCCACAUCUCCCUCUUCUCCCAUUGUUGCAUCUGCCUACAAGCUCCAGAAGGCCGCCAAGAUGUCAAUAUCGCAAACAUACUUCCUCGCCCACAAGGCUCGCGCAAAGCUCUCCUCCGAGGCUGCCCGCCCAGACCACAACCUGCGCCUGCUCGUCGGCCACGCUAACCUGCUCGACUCGCUGAUGCUCGAGCUCGCCGACGCCGAGAGGGAACAAGAGUCGUGGUUCAACCAAUCCGUCCGCGGCGCCACCAAGGCCGAGAAUAAGCACAUCAAAUGGGCCGAUACGGUGGUGGAGGAGCCCGAGCAGGACUGGCACGCCGAGGACGCCGAGUCGGACUCGGACAGCGACUCGGACAGCGAGUUCGAAGAUGAUGAGGACAUUGAGAUGGCCGACGUCGUCUCCCUGCGGAGGAUCCUCUCGCACACCAACAACAAGGACUACAACUACGACAUGGAGGAGGUCGACGACGACGAGGAGGAUUUUGCCCAGCUCGCCCUGCAACGGAGCCCGUCGCACUCCGCCUCCCCGCCAGAGCUCGACCACGACUCGGACACAUCUGAGGACGAGUCGAUGCCGCCAUCGCCGCCCACCGCUCUGCUGCCAACCUUCUCUGAGAAGCAGAAGCAGAGCAUUUCCACAACGGGCUACUACGCCGCAGCAACAAGUCAAGACGACAAAGACGCAUUCUACGACGAGGGCUACUACCUGCCGCCUCGCAACCCAGCCAGGCUUGUGUCGGCGAUAUCAGUGUACUAA